UAUGUUAGUCAAAUGAAAUCAAUCCUGCCUUGUACGAGUAACAAGGAGUAUUUGGGUAAUGUUGGUUUCAUGUGAUGGGUUGUUUCGUUUAUUAUUGAUGCUUAGAAUAUGCGUCAAUGAUCGCAUCUCUGUAUGCAGCACAUGAUGAAUGGUGACACAUGUGCUUUCAGUUAUACUGAAAAUUCACAGUAAUGAGUCAAUAGGUAUUAAAAAAUAUGCGACGGUAUUGAGUGUUAGGUUAACUAAAAGGAUAGAAAAAGCAUGGACAAGAUUGCCUAAGAAAGUAUUUUUCAUGGCGGAAAUCGAAAAGUGAGAUACCUUAAAAUGACAAAUUCCCACAGUUAGGCUGUGUUCAGCGAACUCACAUUCGAUGGAGACUCAGAAUCAACAUUCGCUGUUUGUCAUUACGGGUGCCAAUCGUGGUUUUGGCCUUGCCAUUGCCAAGGUGUUGGCAAACAAAGCGACGCACAAGACAACGCUGAUCCUUACUGGACGUGAUAAAGCAGCUUUAACGGACAUUGCUUCAUCGUUGGCAAGGGCAAUCGUCGAUGUUCAUGUUAUUGCAAACGUAUGCCUCGAUGGCGCGUUAUCGACUCAGGAAACGGUUCUAUUUCCACUUGAUUCAUUGAUGACGCGAUUGCAUAGUGCUAAUCGGAUGACGCGUGUGACGUUGAUCAACAAUGCGGGUUCAACGGGAGACCUUGGCAAAAAGGUAAUGGAUUAUGAUCCAGAAGAGAUCCAAAAAUAUAUCAAUCUCAAUAUCGGCUCGUACAUGGCGUUGGUUACAGAUUUUAUCCGACAUUGGCACGGUGAACAAAUGAAUGCUCCUGAAAUCGCCAUUGUAAACAUCUCAUCGUUGAUGGCUGUGCAACCGUUUCCAAACUGGGGACUGUAUGCGAGUGGAAAAUCGGCUCGUGAUAUGUUUUUACGCGUCGUAGCGGCUGAGCACAAAUCGGUGCGGGCAUUAUCGUAUGCACCCGGACCGCUGGACAACGAAAUGCAACGACAAGUGCGCGAAAGUUUGGGUGAUGAAGACCAAAAGACGCUUUUCACCAAAAUGGCCAACGAGGGACAAUUGGUGGAAAUGGAAACUUCGGCUCACAAAUUAAUCUCACUCCUCGAGGACAAUAAGUUUCAAUCCGGGGAUCACAUUGAUUUUUAUGAUACUGUAGAAUAG